GAACGGGCCCCGCCCACCGUGAAGCCGCUUCCGCCCGGCCCCGGCGGUGAGUUUGCGUCAUCAGCGUGCGCCGGGCGGGAGCGGCGCCGGGAGCGGGAGCGGAGCCGCUGCCAUGGCCGGGAUUCUCUUCGAGGACAUCUUCGACGUGAAAGACAUCGACCCAGAGGGCAAGAAGUUCGACCGCGUGUCGCGCCUGCACUGCGAGAGCGAGUCCUUCAAGAUGGAUCUCAUCCUGGACGUGAACAUCCAGAUCUAUCCCGUGGAUCUCGGGGACAAAUUCCGCCUGGUCAUCGCCAGCACCUUGUAUGAGGACGGCACCCUGGACGAUGGCGAGUACAACCCCACGGAUGACCGGCCGUCCAGGGCAGACCAGUUUGAGUACGUGAUGUAUGGCAAGGUGUACCGGAUCGAGGGGGACGAGACCUCCACGGAGGCGGCCACGCGCCUCUCUGCCUAUGUGUCCUACGGGGGGCUGCUCAUGCGGCUGCAGGGAGACGCAAACAACCUGCACGGGUUUGAGGUGGACUCUCGCGUUUACCUGCUGAUGAAGAAGUUGGCCUUCUAGCACACCUCCAUGGGCUGCCCCACAGACAUCCAGCUGGAGCCCUGGGAGCCCACGUUCUGCUCCAGCAUCCAUGCUGCCCAGCCUCCUCAGAGCUGAGGAGGCAGGAGCAGUCCCCCUCCUCAUCCCAGUGUCUUCUGACUCCUGCUGGGAUCCACAUCUCUGUUUGCAAGGAGAGAGGUGCCUGACAUCUGAGUGGACACCAUGCUGGGUGCUCCGGUCUUGCCUGAUGGCAUCUCCUCACCUUUGCCUGUGCUCAACAGCCCUGGCUCUGGCCAGGAGCAACUGGACUAGGACAGCUGCCUGCCUGCCUCUGAGGACCAUUCCCUCGGGAGCCAUCCUGAGGCAGGCUGCCUUGGUUUUGAUUAAACUGGGAUGUUUUGUA